UUAACAAUUAACUAACGUCAAUGUCAAAUAAAUCAAAAACAAGUGGAAAUUUUUAUUAAUUUUAUUUAACAAUAAUUGAAAAUGGAGAAAAAUUUGGAACAUUUAAUGGACGAACUAUUAACCACGCCCGGAGUGUACGGAUGCGUUUUUGGAAAUCAGCACGGGCUCUGUUUAGGAACGAAAGGUCCAAUUAACAGCAACAGCACAGGCGUAAUUUGCGCGAUUGCCAAGGAGGCCUCGAAACUCGAGCCAAACAGCAAACCUCCCGUUGUACAGUUCGAAAACGAUACUCACUCAUGUACCAUCCAAAAUCUGGGAAACGUAACCGGGGCUAUAUUUAAAAGUUUACAAUCCUAAUUCUAAAUGAUUACGAAGUAAAACGUGAUUGGCUCGUCUCUGGUAACGCACGACACCACCACCACGGCCCUGCUUUGGUAGCCCUCCACCCUGAUGGUGGGGUAGGUCUUGUUCUCGGGCGUGCUGCGGGCCCCCGGGAUGGACCCGGCCGAACGGCCUUCGCACUCGUACCGGAACCGCAGCGCCUUCGAGGCCGGCUGCUCCACG